GACCUUCCUUGGUUAAGACUUUGACGUUAAUGUUAUGCGUCUUGUGAAAUAAAAAAUAGUUAUUUUCUUAAUUUUUGGAAUAUAAAGCUCAUAAAGGAAAAGUGAAAGUGAAGUUAAAUUAUCAAACUCCAUCCAAUUCAUUAAAGCGACAUGAGCAUCAAGUUACCUGCUGGUCAGAAUCACUAAAAACGCUAAAUCCGCUAAAUCUCCGGCUAGCCCGGAGUUAGAGAUAAAAUUGUUCAGGACGAGGAACAACUCAAAAUCACGCAGAGAAACUCAAAAUUUAACACAGAUCAAGCCAUAUCCUUGAGCAAUCAGAAAUCAAUAAGGACCAACCUUGCGGCCCGGAAGGUUCUAGGAAUUCCCAUACGUCCUUUGAAGCUCUUAAAGAAAGUGCCGGAAGAAACAUGAGAGGAAAAAGGGCAUGGAGUACGAGUAUGCAAAGGGAUCUCAUGAGAUUUUACAAAAAAAAUCCAGAACUAUGGAAUACCAAACAUCCUGAUUACAACGUAAAAGAGAAAAGAGAUGUGAUUUUGCAAAAGCUCAAACAAGAAUUAUGCAAAAAAUAUUCGGCAAAUACAGAACUCUUUGAUGAAAACAAAAUAAUUAUAAAAUAUCUGUCUAUGAAGGCAUAUUACAGAGCACAAGUUAAAGCGAGCAGGGAAGGGGGACGCUGUCCUCCAUAUAUAUUCUUUAAAGAUUUUGCGAACUUUGACAAGAUUAUAGCACAAACUAAGGUGGAAGAACCGGAAGAACCAGUAAUACCCCAAAAUUCUCCCAAACCUGAAGACUUGCUGUCAAUCAAAUUAUCCGAAAGCACCGGAGAACUCUAUGACCCUGACACCAAAGUGCUAAUACAUAUUUCAAGCGACGAUGAGAACUUUGCUCCUCCAGUCGCUGAAUCUCCGAAGCCUUCCCAACCUUCACCAAAUCCAGUGCCAGCGAAGCGAUAUAGAACUGCCCAAUCAACGUACAUAGAAACUUCUAUUAAUCCGUCGUGUUCAUCGAGCACUCCCGUGCUUCCGGAAUCCUCCGGAGAAACGAAAGCCAGCACUGCAGGCAUUCCAGAUGAUGCCAGGAAGCUUGAGAAUCAGAAAUUUUGUGAUUUUCUCGCGAGCCGAAUGAAUGACAUGCCCAAGGAAAGUUCACGGGACUUCCAAUUCAAAAUCCUAAUGCUUCUGAACCAGGAUUACUAAAAACACGAAAGGACGCCAGGAUCAUCAUUCUACCCAUUCUACCUACCAAGAUUUUUUUUACAAAUAAUAAUAUCAUGAAUUGAAUUUUGAAGAGUUAAAUAAAAAAAAAAUGAUUAUUAUUUAAGUUCUGAUUAUAAAAAUAAUGUAAGAUUAAAAAAAAUACAAAAGCUUUUGAUUCA